AUGGCAUCCUCCGCCUGCUGUGUGGACAGUGGGAAAGAACAGGCCCCGCCCGGCGAAGAGGGACGGGUCUGGGCUCCCGCUGGAUUCAGUCCAGGUUCCGAGCCUCCCUCCCCUCCCCGUCACUGUCUCUUCCGGCCCCCACCCCGGCCAUCUUUGGUCUUUCAGGGUUUUGCCCCUACACCCGACGGAGCUCCUCUGGUCUUUCCGCACCUUCCACUAGCCAAAGGCCGCAGAGCCCGACCUUCCACAUCUGCAAAACGGGGGGGCGAGUGGGGAAGGAAGGCUGGCGGGAAGCCUGGGUCCCAGAGACCCGGUGAGGAAGGUGAGGGGCAUACGCUCCGUCUGGUUCUAGAACCGCACCCCGCCCCCUUUCCGCUCUUGCUCCCCGAGGCCUCUCUGACCCCUGACCCCGACGCCCGGGGUGGCUGCGGGCGCCAAGAGGGCGCUCCACACACGUCGGGCGGUCGGCUGAGGGAAGGAGCCGACGCCCCCGAGUGGGCCCCUCAGGCUGGGCCCCUCGCGGCCCGGCGCCCUCCCGCGCCUCGGAGGCCGCGGUGGCCGGCCCGGCCGGGGGAGGGACAGCAGCAGGUGAUGACGGCCGGGCCCGGGGCUAUAAAUAGGGGCGCGCGUCAGCCGCGGGCGAGAGAGGCGGCCGGCGGCGCGGGCCUGACGGGCAGGGGCCGGGAGCGCGGGCAGGGGCCGGAGACGGGCAGGGCCGGCAGCAGCAUGGGGUCGCGGAGGGCCCCCGGCCGCGGCUGGGGCUCGGGCGGACGGUCUGAGGCGGGGGGCGACGGCGAGGACGACGGGCCCGUGUGGAUCCCCAGCCCCGCCAGCCGCAGCUACCUGCUCAGUGUGCGGCCCGAGACCAGCUUAUCAAGCAACCGGUUGUCUCACCCCAGCUCUGGAAGGAGCACCUUCUGCUCCAUCAUUGCUCAGCUAACAGAGGAGACCCAGCCGCUAUUUGAGACCACACUCAAGUCCCGGGCUGUGUCCGAGGACAGCGACGUCAGAUUCACCUGCAUCGUCACAGGGUACCCAGAGCCAGAGGUGACCUGGUACAAGGAUGACACAGAGCUGGACCGCUACUGUGGCUUGCCCAAAUACGAGAUCAUGCAUCAGGGCAACCGCCACACCCUGCAGCUCUACAGGUGUCGAGAGGAAGAUGCCGCCAUCUAUCAAGCCUCUGCUCGGAACGCCAAGGGCAUUGUGUCCUGCUCAGGGGUCUUGGAGGUGGGCACCAUGACUGAAUACAAGAUCCACCAGCGCUGGUUUGCCAAGCUGAAGCGCAAGGCUGCAGCAAAGAUGCGGGAAAUCGAGCAGAGCUGGAAGCAUGGGAAGGACGCUGUGGGCGAGGCUGAUGCCCUGCGCAAACUCAGCCCUGACCGCUUCCAGCGAAAGCGGCGGCUGAGCGGGGCCGAGGUGCCUGUCCCCUCGGCCCCUGCCCGGGAAGUCGAGGACGGACCCCUCGUGGCUUGGCAGGAGGGAGAGACUGAGCCUGGUCAGCACCCAGGUUUGGGCCUGAUCAACAGUCUUGCUUCUGGAGAGGUGACCACCAAUGGGGAGGCUGCCCCUGAGAACGAGGAGGAUGGAGAGCGUGGCCUGUUGACCUACAUCUGUGAGGCCAUGGAGCUGGGGCCUCAGAGAGUUCCCAGAAAGGAGUCUGGGGCCAAGAAAAAGAAGAAAGAUGUGGAACCUAAGCAAGGAGUGCGGAAACCAGAGGUGGAGAAGGUAGCUCAAAGCCAUCGUGCUUCGGAAAAGCGUUUCCCCAGUUCAGACAAGCCUGACUCCCGUGGGACACAGGGGCCCCUGGACAUGGAGCAGGUUCAGACACGGCCCAGAGGCAGGGCUGCCCGGGGGCCUGGAUCCCCUGGAGCAGAUGGCACCAGGAAGCCAGCCUCUGGUGCAGGCACUCCAGACCAGGCCCAGAAGACCCAGGCUCCAGCCCCUGUCCCAGGCCCAGAGCCGGAAGUGUAUUUCUCCUUGAAGGACAUGUACCUAGAGAGCACCCGAGCGGACCAGCCCCAGGUGGAAGCAGAGGCCCAGACCCCUCAGGGCAGGACACCUGGAGAGAGGCCCUCACGUCGAGAAUCCAGCAAAGCCGGAGGUGAGAGGGGGCCUGCUGCUCCCGGCCAGCCUGUGCCCUCAGCCCCCCAGCCAACCAGGCCCUUCAACAGGAAGAGGUUUGCCCCUCCGAAGCUCAAAGGAGAGCCCACCGCCAGCAGCAAGCCUGAUUCCUCCCCGAGUCAAGAUUUGGAACCCGGGGCUCAGAGCUCGGGGCAGACUCCAUCCCAGGCCUCUGUCCAAGUGCCCACACCCCCUGCGCGUCGGAGACACAGCACCCGGGACAGCCCCCUGCAGGGACGAGCAGGCCCCAGCGCUCCAGGCAAGGUCCAGGAGUCCCAGGCAACCAUAGCUCCUGCAUUGGCCAGCAGUAGCUCUGAUCCAGUCUCUGCUGGUCACAGCACCUCUAGAAGUCAGGGCAUCAUUGAGCCCAUGGAUGCAGAAACCCAGGAGGACAGGAGAAUGUCUGUUGACCAGAAAACAGGAGGUGAAAAGAAUACAGAGGUGCAUAGGAAGAUGCAAGUGGACGGGAGGACGCAGGGAAACCAAACAGAAGCCUCCCAAUGGACUCAGACAGAUAGGAUGGCACAAGUGGAUGUUGUGAUGCAAGGAAGUGAGAAGUCAGAGUCAGACAGGAGUUCCCAGGAGGAUGUGAUGGCACAAGGAAGGGUGGGGACACAGGCAGCAGAGAGGACCCAGGAAGACGGCCGGGUGCAGCAAGACAAGGGGACACAGUCAGAGGGGAGCAUGCCCUCAGCCACGAAAGGUCACUCACAGAAGGCGUCCACGAGCAGUCUCAGCCCACACUCCAGAGCCCCCAAACGCCCACCUUCGGAGGAUCCUAGGUCUCCUCAGGUUAUUGAAGGCUUUGGACAGAGCCAGGAAGAGUUCUCUGUCCCAGACAAACCAGGUUGUAUGCUCACAUCUGACAAGACACCAGGACCAGCUUCUGGGAACGAGGAGGAAGCUGUGCUGGGUCCCCUAGCAGGGGGCCUUGCUCCCAGGGCACAACUGCCUCCUGAGGUCCAUUCGGAGCAGGUGGGAGGAGAGCACUCUGGAGGGCUGGACUGGUUCGCUCCAGGGAGGGACAAACCAAGGGAGGGCCUGUUCCAGGGUCCGAGGGAGGAAGAGCUGGGAAGAGUGCCACCUGCAGCUCUGGGUGGCCAUUCUCCAGGGGGCUUAGGCCCCGAGGGGCUCUCCUUGCCCUCUCCCCCUGAUGCUGGCCUGACUCGUCAUUCCCAGGAGGGGCUGCCCAGCACCCCAACUUCUCAGCCCAGGAGUGCAGCUGCCUUCCUGCCCUCUGAGGACAAGACCUUGCUGAGCUCUGCUCCCUCACUGCACCUGGGGCCAGGGACACCCAGCCAGAGUCACCCUCCAGAAACCGUGGCGGCAAACAGCGAGGGGGCCUGCGCCAAGGUGCCAGAUGCGGACGGGAGGACUUCAGGUCCCCGGACAUGUGACCCUGGCCUCAUAGACUCCCUGAAGAACUACUUGCUUCUGCUGCUAAAGCUGUCCAGCUCAGAAACAAGUGGAGGGGGCCCAGAGUCUCAGGGGGAAGCUGCCGCUGGGGAUCCGAUGCCCCUGUCCACCCUGGCCCCCACCAUAGAAGUGGCCGGCCUGAGUCCGCGAACGUCACGGCGCAUCCUGGAGCGCGUGGAGAACAACCACUUGGUGCAGAGCGCGCAGACCCUCCUGCUGAGCCCCAGCACCUCCCGCCGCCUCACCGGCCUCCUGGACCGCGAGGUGGAGGCUGGCCGGCAGGCCCUGGCUGCUGCCCGGCGCCCAGGCCCCAGCCCCCUCUCGGUCCCUGCCAUCGUGGUCGGUGAGGCGGAGGGCCCUGGGCUGGCCUCAGGAGGAUCCAGUGAGGGUGAGGGAGAGUUUCCCCUUGAGGGGCCUGGCCUCCUGGAGGCCUCCCGGGAAAGCAGCGUGGGCGGGCUGCUUAGGGAGGAGGGUGGUGGGCAGGUAGCCCCCGGGCAGGGCCUGCUGUCAACUGAGAGCAGAGCCCAGCAGCCCUCCCCAGAGGAGGAGGCCCCUGGGGAGGCGCUCCCCGCGGCGACGCCCGAGGAGCUGGCUCUGGGGGCCCGGAGGAAGAGAUUUCUCCCAAAGGUAAAAGCUGCGGGAGACGGAGAGGGUGCCAAGCCCGAAGAAAGGGAAAGCCCCUCAGUCUCUCCCAGGGGCCCCAGGAAGGCCCUUGGACCUGGGUCCCCAGGGACUCCUGGGCGGGAGAGACGCUCCCCAACUCAAGGCAGAAAAGCAGGCAUGCUGGAGGUGCCGCGGGCAGAGGAGGAGUCGGCAGCAGGAGACCCAGCCCCCAGCCCGAAAGCUGGCAGUCUGGAUGCUGAGCUGGCCCUGGAGGAGGGCAAUCAGGAUGCUCUGGCCAAGUCCAGGAAGGCCAAAGACCUGCUGAAAGCCCCACAGGUGAUUCGGAAGAUUCGGGUGGAGCAGUUUCCUGACGCCUCAGGCAGCCUGAAGCUCUGGUGCCAGUUCUUCAACAUUCUCAGUGACUCAGUCCUGACGUGGGCCAAGGAUCAGCGUCCAGUGGGCGAGGUGGGCAGGAGUGCUGGGGAUGAGGGGCCCGCAGCCCUGGCCAUCGUGCAGGCGUCCCCCGUGGACUGUGGCGUGUAUCGAUGCACCAUCCACAACGAGCACGGCUCAGCCUCCACUGACUUCUGCCUCAGCCCCGAGGUGCUGUCAGGAUUCAUCUCCAGAGAAGAAGGACAAGUGGGAGAAGAAAUUGAGAUGACCCCCAUGGUGUUUGCUAAGGGUCUGGCUGACUCUGGCUGCUGGGGAGACAAGCUCUUUGGGCGCCUGGUGAGCGAGGAACUUCGAGGGGGUGGACACGGUUGUAGCCUAAGGAAGGCCUCCCAGGCCAAGGUCAUCUACGGGCUGGAACCCAUCUUCGAGUCAGGCCGCACGUGCAUCAUCAAGGUGUCCAGCCUGCUUGUGUUUGGGCCCAGCAGCGAGACUUCUCUCCUGGGCAGAAACUAUGAUGUCACCAUCCAGGGGUGCAAGAUCCAGAACAUGAGCCGGGAGUACUGCAAAAUCUUUGCAGCUGAAGCCCGGGCUGCUCCUGGCUUUGGAGAGGUGCCUGAGAUCAUCCCACUGUAUCUGAUCUACCGGCCUGCCAACAACAUCCCCUAUGCCACCCUGGAGGAGGACCUGGGCCAGCCCCUAGAGUCCUACUGCUCCCGGGACUGGGGCUGUGCUGCAGCUCCUGCAGCGCCUAGCAGCUCUGAGGCCGUGUGGAAAUGCCAGACCUUCCAGCACUGGCUCUAUCUGUGGACGAACGGCAGCUUCCUUGUCACAGACUUGGCAGGGGUUAACUGGAAAAUGACCGAUGUGCAGAUUGCUACCAAAAUGCGAGGGUACCAAGGCCUCAAGGAGAGCUGUUUCCCCGCCCUGCUGGACCAGUUCGCCUCCUCCCACCAGUGCAACACCUUCUGUGAGAUGCUGGGGCUAAAACCCCUCAAGGGCCCAGAGGCCACCCACCCCCAAGCCAAGGCCAAAGGCUCCAAGAGUCCAUCUGCCGGCAGGAAGGGCCCCCAGCUGAGUCCUCAGCCCCAGAAGAAAGGCCCCCCGAGUCCCCAGGGCACCCGGAAGAGUGCCUCGGGCUCCAAAGCCACCCCUCAGGCCUCAGAGGUGGUCGCCACCCAAUUAUUGGGACAGCCUCCCAUCCAAGAGGGGGGCUGCAAGGCCCAGGGCAAGCGGUAGCCCCCACAGGAGGCUGGGGGCCUCCAUCCAGCAGCAGACCAACAAGGAAGCAGCUCAAACUGCCAGAGAUGUUCCCAGUACAGAACCAACUGGAGCAGGUGUGCCCCAGGAGGCUCCACCCAGGGCCUUUCCAAGCAGCCGCUCCUCACUCAGCUCCUCAUCAGACACUGGGCGUGUGGCACCCAGUCCUGUGGCCUCUCCUGGUGCCACUGUCAACAGGGCUCCCAGGCCCCACCUCCAAGUGCCUGGCAGCCUGGCCGUCCUUGAAGUUUACACUGGCCACUGCUGGGGCUGCCCUGAGUCCUCUGCAUGAUCUGCAGCCAGUGUCCUGCCCAGACCCUGCCGCUAACGUCAUGCUCUGGGGCAUGUGGGACAGCAUCUCCCUUCUCCCUUUACUUGGCUCUGAUCUUUCCCUGCCCUCAGGGCUCCAGACUUCCUCUGCUCUGUCUGGCCUGGUGACUCUCAGGGUCUUUUCCUUCAGCCAUUUUGCCUCAUUUAUCCCAGCUUAUCUUGCCACUAACCUGUCCCUGAGCCCGAAUGGGGCUCAGGGCCCUUCCAGGGCCUGUCCCCUCCUUGUGCAGUGGUCUUUGGUGAUGCGUGUUCAUGCUCAGCCUUUCCCUGUUGCUCAGGCACUCACUCCCCUGCCUCCCCUGCCCCCUUGCUCUCCAUCCCCCAUCCCUGGCUUUGAGCCCGAUUGCAGCCUGUGCCUGCCUUUCACUGAUUGUCCCUCUACCCUAGGGCUUCCUAGCUGACCCCCACCCUACCCACCACACCUCGGGAAGGAGCACACCCUCUGGCCCCUCAGCCGCCACCCCCAGUACACCUGUCCCCUCCUCCCAGGCCCUGUGCCAUGAGGUGAGGGUUGCAUCAGCAGCUGUGGCCAGAGGGAAGGCGUCAACUUUGUGAUACCUUGUGCUCCUUACUGAAAGGAGAGGGGGUCACAGUGAAUUCCACACUGCCCUCUUGACCAGGGACAGAGGGCUGGACUCUUCUCCAGAGGGAGUACGCGUGGGAGUUCUGGGAAGAAUGCAGCCCAUCCCCACGUGGGGUGGACAAGCGUCUCUGGGGAUUAGGACCCUGCCUCCAACAUUCAGCUCUCAAUCCUGGGCCUCCAGCUCUGGGCCUCAGUACGGGCUCCUGAGGAGGAGUUGUCCUCAGCCCAGCACCCUGGGUCUUUCCUGAGAGCCCUUCUUGAGGCCUGGGACGGGGGAGUCUAGAGCUAGCCCAGUCCCCUUGGAAUGCAAUAAAGGCAGCCACUGUGCAUCCAGCUCACCUCCUCUAGUGUGGUUGUAGGUGUACGGGGUCAGGGUCCCCCCCUCCCCAGGCAGGGUUUUCUGAGGACAUCCUCCAGUCCCUGGACCCACUGGAAAGAUAGAUCCAUGGUUUGGCUCCUGGAUUGACAGUCUCAGCCUUCCAUGGCCACAGCCAGACAGUCUGUGCUUAUACCACUGGGAAGAUGACUUGGGUCCCUGAGCAUGAGGGUGCUUAGGCCUGUGGAACUGCUCCUUCAUUUGGAAGAGGAAUGCAAAGAAAGGAACCCAGGAAAGGAGUAGAGCUGGGGAGACGCCCAGUGUCUCCGACUGCCUCCACUGCAGCAAAACCAGCUGAAGGGAUGACCAGUGCCGUCGUCCUCUCAGUUACUCACGGACUGUCUCCAGCUUUCCCAGCUACAGAGGUUUCUCAGCCCCAGCCCCACCCAACUGCCCAGGCCUUUCUUUGCCCCAUAUUUCCCCCCUCCACUAGACAUUUCUGACUUCUCUACCUCCUCUUGUGCUCAGGUGACUCCACACUUUUUCCUCUUGCCCCAAUGUGCCCCCCACUCUCCCAGCCUGCAUAUCCAGACUGCUUUGGUGAACUGAGAGCUGAAUGUUGUUGAUUUGUUUGUUCACCCACCCAUUCAUUCAGACAUACUGAGCAGACUUCCUUUAUGCCAGACUCUGAGCUGACCACCAGUGGGAGGCAGAGGUGGUCUCAAAAGAGACACUGGCCAUUAUGUUUCUCAGGUUUUGAGUAACAGGAAUGGACUUGGACCAGUCUAAAGGAGGAGCAGGGACUCAUGGGAAGGGUGUGGGGUAGUUCACAGGACCUAGAAAGGCAGGAGCCAUCGUGGCUCUGGAGCUUGCCUCCCAGGAGCUGCUGCCAUUGGCUCCAGUGGGUCUCCUUCCACUCAAGAUUCAAAUUCCUGUCCCAGAGCUCAGGGCACUGUGGAGUAGGGGAGAGGCAGUUUUCCAAAGAAUGGGGAUUCUCGCCAGAAGAGUGGUGGAGGUUAAGACGGGCUUGGCAGGCAAUCACUGGAGAAACGCUGACACAAAAACACACCCUUCUUCCCAUAUGAUACAUUAUGACUCUCACAUGUGACCAAAAGCAAAUUACUUUCUGCUUGGGGAGACCACUCAAGGUCAAAGCCAGUGACCAAGUCCAGGGGUAGUGACCAGGGCUGCCAUUCUCUGAAGUCCAGUGUCACAAAUUAUACUCUUCCCUCUUUUAUCAUACUCUCAUCUUGAAAUUCUGCAACCUGUGGAAGGAAUAUGACCCAGCAAGAAGGGAGGUGUGAGUAAAGGCUACAGCACACUUCCAUAACUGGUCAUGAGAACUAGUAUUUAUGACUAGGGAAUUUUUUGGAUCUUCAGUCCCAAAGUCCAGUUCCUUAGUGGUCCUGCCUGUGGCAAACAUUAGCCAGUGGAUAUGGAAAACCAGGAAGCACUUUAGAAAACGCCCCAUGUCCAUCUGUACCCUGCCCCCUUUUAAAUAGCCAAGAUCUUAUUUUCCCUCAAUAGGUUAAUCACCCUAGCUACUCCUACACAUAGUCUUUAUGUAUACUCCUAUUCCAGAUACACUCCUGUCCUAGCUAUGUGUUGCUCAGAGGUACAAAAAACCUGAGCCAGCCAGAUGCCUAGGACUUUAAUUCACUUGAAUCAUUACUAUGAAUCUUUGAAGAUGUGUUCUUAGGGACUAAAACCUCUACACCAGUUGCAUCCUAAACCUCAGGUAUGAGAAGAGCUUUGAGAUGUAAUAACGCCCCUCUUCACGCUUCAACCUGUAGGAGAAAUAGCACCAUGAACAGGUUGCAGGUUUGGAGCUUAUGCUCCAUCUUGCAGGCCUUACCCAGUUUUGCAAGGUAUUGUUUUCAGCUGGUGCCACAUCUGAGUUUUCAGCAAACUAUUUCACUGUAUUUUCAAGCUAACCGCUUCUAGACGUCUGGGAUCCUAACAAGAUGAGCAGAUGCCAUAGGUGUCAACCUAUUUGCUAUGAAGUGCCUUCUCUGAAGAUUUAGAACACUUGAUAAUCCUGUGGAUUUUGAUGGGCGAGGUGUCACAGGUCAGGAGAGCAAACCAAAUCCAGAAGGGCCCAUAAUGGUCAAGAUGGGUUCCCACCUCAUUAAAGCCAUAGUGUAGGGGUAGACUGAAAUGAAUUCAGCCAUGGGUCAGGAGGAGGCAUCGUGGGAGAGAGUGAGGGAGCCACCUCCCUACCCCGCCCCCCACAUGCUUGCCUGUGCCUUGAGAACCCUAUCCUGGCGUGUCUGCUUAGUGAUGGUGGCCACACCUGUCUGUGGCUGGGUGGGUCUGAGCCCCUUUUCCUGAAGGCCAGCAUGGCCACCUAGUAUGCUGUAGCCAAGCCCUAGACUGCCCCAGAGCCCAGUGACAAGUCAGAGGGCUGUGUCUCAACAGGCUAAUAGUUACUUGUUGGCCAGAGUAUCUCUUGGUUCCACACUCUGGGUUCUCCUGCCACAUUUUCCAAAUCAAGACUUUCCAAAAGCUACACACAGCGCUCUGCUCUGCCGAGGCUGCCAUGUAGCUCCCCAGUAUGGCACAGAUAAAUCCCUCAAGCACCCUGGGUCUGCCACAGGCAGCCUGGUGGCAGAAUCGUGUGUAACGGCUUGUCCUGCUCAAGAGCCUUCACUUGCUCUGGGCCCAGCCCAAAGCUGGCAGUCUUUUGGGUCAGUCAGUAAGUGGGUUGGAGCAAGAAGAUGCUCCCACCUGACAUUUUUGCCUGAAAUUGGGCCUUAGUGGUAAGGAAUUCACAAUGCAGGAAUUUCUUCUACAUUAACAAACUAUUCUGACCUCAACGGAUCACUUGAUCCCCAGGAACUUUAUCAGGGGAAAAGUUUGCAGUUCUGCAUGUUUUAUCUCCCACCUCUGACUCAUUACAUAUGUCUUAACAAAGCAUCUAGGGAAACUGCUGAUCUCCAGGUCCUAUCAACAUGAUGGAACAUUGAAGUGCUGAGGUCAAGGUCCCCAUGAGGCAGGUUGUGGCACGGAGCUGUGCAGCUAAAAUAUUACAUAUUUUUAAGCAGGACAGCAAUAGAGUCCUGCGGCCCUGCCACCUGAAGAUGGAUUGCUUCUGAUGUUCUUUGCUCAUCAAAAUGGAGGGGAAAAAAUGAUUUCGCUAGAUCAAAGGGUUCAUACCAAAUGCCAAGAGGUGGGUGAAUUUCCUUUAGCAAGAAGACCAUUUCUGGGAGAGCACCUGCCAUCGGAGUCACCACAUUUUAAAGUUUACAAUGAGCCAAAGCCCUCCUGGUGUUUUGCACUGGCCAAGCUGGGCUGUGGUAGGAGUCAUUAUGACUUCGCCCGCCAAUCUGAUAGUAACACUGAUACCUAUAGUUCCUGCACGAACAUGGUAUCACUUUUACCGUUUUGGUAGGGAGGGGGUAACUGAUGGCUUGUGCUCAUCCUAUGCUACUGUAGUCAUUCUCAUCCCACUCAUCAGGGCCAUUGUGGGGGUUAUACCUGUUUCAGAGUAUAUCCAUUUCAACUGUACGCUCAGAAUAACUAACCUUCACUGGUUUUGAAUUUCCACCCAGUCUACUAAGGCGCAAAAUUUAGUCUAUUAAAUAUCUCCUUGGAUGGACAGACCACAUGCUUUUCUGUUGUCCCCAGACAUUGGACUUAGCUUGAAGUCAGUGUCCUAUAGAAUCCCCUCCCCGGGUCUGAAUAUUUUCUUUUCCUUUCCAUUCCCAAAUAAUUGAACAUAGAUCCCUUUGGGGGAAGGCUGCAAGGAAGGUUCAUAAUAUGCAAAAUAAGGCUUUUCUUCAAAGAUAUUUGACUUCCUCUCCAUUGAAAGUCUGGAAAUUAAGUGGGAGAUUUUGACUCUACCUUGGCAGUUUGAGACAGGCCUCUUUGCCCGACCAGAAAUCUUUAGUUAUGGUCAUGACUGGGUGAUAUCUUAGGCACUAUCCGGUCUUUUUCAUUCCUGGGACCCCAUGAUCGAUAACCAUAGCUGGGGGUCUGAUUUCUAUGCCCAUGUCCAUCAUGCUGACUCCUCUACUGUGUUCCUUCUAUUUAUCUAUCUCUGCUGCUGAGAUCAGGGAGUUCAUUUUCACAAGGCCUCUUCCAACCAGCAUUCCAGGCCCAGAGAGGAAUGCCAGCAGAGCCUCCCUCGCCAAUUUCUCACGACCAUCUUGUGGGUCCUGUCAGAGAACAGUGAGAGCGUAGUUGGGCUGGAUGCUUGCCAGGGACCCAAUAAAGCCCUCUUGUUUCCUGAAA